AUGCUUUCCACUGCCCAGUAUGCUGCGAUAGGCAGCUUCUUUGUCGGGCUUACAUCCGCCAACCCACUCUUAGCACCCCCGAGCGAUACCUCUUCUGGAGCUUUGGUUGCCCGUAAAUUCGCUCAGGGUUCUCAUAUAGACACGUCUCACUACCAAACUGUUCUGACAGAGUAUGCUGCUGGACAAACCAUUGCCACCAAAGCCAAGACUAUCAUAGACGAAGACAACUACUUUUAUGAGCUCUUCAUCCCGAGCAGAUACCAGAGCGCAGAUCAUGCCAAAGAAUAUAACAACAACUUCCUUACCAAGUUCAUCGCCCUCGGCGACGAUCAAGACUAUACGGUCACCAUCGACUACAUUGGCACUUCCGAUGACCCCAAAUGCCAAGAGUCCUCCCAACCAGGCUACAUGCCAUAUGCAUAUACUGAAGGUACCACAAUUACCAUGUGCGACGCUUUCUUCGCGCAACCAGCGACCAGUGCCAUGACUUGUGACAAUACCUAUCUGGACGAAUACGAGACGGGCGCAAUGACACUCCUCCACGAGUUCAGUCAUUUGAACCCCGCCUACUUCUCGCUUACAACUUCCCCGGACCCUCCAUUCAACGAUUAUACGUAUGGGUCAGCGAAUUGCGUUAGUCUAGCCAGUAACCCCAACACUGCCGCUCAGGCGAUCAUCAACGCCGAUAACUGGAUGUUCGUGACCCUCGGCGCUUAUUGGUCGGACAAAUGUGGGAAGGAUAUCGAGCCAGAAGAUCCUGACGAGGGUGUCUAUGGCGGUAUCGACGGUGAUGCGGCUGGCUGUCUUCCAGGCCCCGUUAAUCAGUGGAUCAUGUCCUCUGGUGGUUCCUGCAGUGCUCCAGGGGUCGCUUCGAAUAGCAAGACAUCAGGUGGCCCAGGCGGCUGCGGUAUCCCUAAUACUGGCGGCAUGAACGGUGUGAAUGUGGCCGAUUGCUGGCUGUUACCGCAAGGCACGACUGCGGUUGAGAUGAUGCUAUAUGUCAGCAAUGCCACACAGGGUUUCUACACCGAUUACAACAUGACUGCCUUUACAGAACCAGAUUGCAGCGGCACAGCGCAAAGUUUCUGGGGCCCCGUCGACUCCUCAGAUCCACUCAUAAGUGGCGACUGGCUGUUCCAGAGCAGCUGCUACGAUAGUCCGAGUGGGACUUCGUGGCAGAGCUACUACGUGUGGAAUAUCGCUGCUUACGAAAAGCUGUAUCCGGGAGGAGGGCCGUAG